AUGCGUACAUUAGGACCAGACGGGAGGCCUAUUACCCGCCGCCGCCGCCGCGAUGAAGCUGGUCCCUCUAACCCACCACAAGAGCCAGCACAGCCACCACCAGAGCCACCACAGCCAGCUGGAUAUCCUGGUGGACCAUCAGAUCUAUCUUUACUUGUCCGAUACCAAGACCAUGUUGCUCGCCGUUUAUGGUACGGACAGGAAAGAGGUCCUAAAAAGGAGCUUAAAGUCGCUGGACAUGGGACGAAGCUCCAGGACAGAGUGCCUCAGAUGCUCCUACCAGAGAUUGAGGUUAUCGUGAGUGGGUCAGGUCUGGCUUCUCUUCAGAGAACUAGCCUGACCAAGAUAGACGUUAACCUCGUCUCAGCAUUUGUGGAGAGAUGGCAUGUUGAGACAUCGUCAUUUCACAUGCCAUUUGGUGAGAUGACGAUUACAUUAGAUGAUGUUGCCAGCCUGCUGCAUUUGCCUAUCGGGGGUAUGUUCUGGUAUCCUCAUGAGCAUGUCACAGAGGAGAUGGUUGUUGAUCUUGGCUGCGAGUUUUUGGGAGUGGAUAGGGAUGUCAUGGCUGAGCAUGUGCGUUCAUGCAGGGGAGCUUAUUAUUCGCUGCAGUGGUUGUAUGACAGAUUCAAGGAGUAUCGUGCUGCUGGUAGCUGGGCUUUUGCGACCAGGGCAUAUCUGAUGAUGUUGUGUUGGAUACAUGAGUACUUUCCUACAUUGGGAAGGAAAGGAGAAAACGGGUGCCUAUCUGACAAUCAAGGGCUUCCGCGGGCGAUGAGAUGGUCCUACAGGCAAGGAGCCAUUAAAGUGGAUGAGUAUAGACCGAUAUUGGACCAGCUGACACCGACAGACGUCAUAUGGCGUCCAUUCGAGGAUCAUAGACGUCGUCGUGCUUUUAACGAGCUAUCUAUGUACAGAGGUUUUCUUGUUUGGGGUGAUUUACAUGUGCCAUACUUACCUGACAGGUGUCUUCGUCAGUUUGGUUAUCGCCAGUAUAUUCCGCCUGCACCUCCUGCUGAUACGCUCAGCAAUGAUGAGAUUGCUGUGGAGUGGAUUGCCUAUUACCAGAGCGUGGCAGAUGUGGUUAGAGGUACCGAGCCAGUAGGAUACCCUCAUGAGACAGUUGAUGGGUAUUUACAGUGGUAUCUCCGGCAGGUAGAGGCAAAGGAGGAGGAUGUAGCGUAUGCUGAUUUAUUUGAGGUGUUACGCAUCGCCCAUGAGCAUUGA